ACCAUUAUAUAUAGACGACCAAAGCACUAUACCCACACCUAACUCACAUAGUAAAAAACAAAUAGAAAAGGAGAUAUGUCUUCCGUUAUGCUCUCUUCCGCUACAAUAGCCUCUUCUCCGUCUCAUGCCACAAUGGUCGCACCAUUCAUUGGACUUAAGUCAUCUGCUGCUUUCCCAGUGACAUGCAAGGCCAAAACCAAAAUUACUUCCAUCACAAGCAACGGCGGAAGAGUUAACUGCAUGAAGGUGUGGCCUCCUAUUGGUAAGAAGAAGUUUGAGACUCUUUCUUAUCUUCCUGACCUUACCGAUGUUGAAAUAGCCAAGGAAGUUGACUACCUUAUCCGCAACAAAUGGACUCCAUGUAUAGAGUUUGAGUUGGAGCACGCCUUUGUGUACCGUGAGCACGGAAACAUCCCUGGAUACUAUGAUGGCCGAUACUGGACAAUGUGGAAGCUUCCUUUGUUUGGAUGCACUGACUCAUCUCAAGUGUUGAAGGAAGUGCAAGAGUGCAAGAAGGAGUACCCCAACGCCUUCAUUAGGAUCAUCGGAUUCGACAACAACCGUCAAGCCCAGUGCAUCAGUUUCAUCGCCUAUAAGCCACUAAGCUUCGGCGAUGCUUAAUUUCACAGCUUUGUUGCUUUGUGUAAACAACAAACUUUAUCCUUCUCCACCUUUGAUUCUAUCAUAUGUUUUCUAUAUAAUCUUAUAUUUUUCUUUAAAAAAUCCGGAUUUAGCGUUUGUGUUAUGAUUGAAAGACAUUUUCGGUCGGAUCCUCAAAUGUCAGAUGAAUAAAUAUGGAUGUUCUAUAAA